UUUAUUGCAAACAGUGAAUGCCUAGUCCAAUUCUUUUUACACACACCACUCAAGAGGAUCAUUAAUCAUGCACUAGCAAAGUGCUGCUCUGCAGCAGUUACAUUAACCAACCUUAAAUGCAGUACAAAUAAAAUUGCAGAAGUUAGAGAAGCUUGAUAUUUCCCUUUUUAAAACAAGAAGUUGCUCUGGAGACCACACAGCAGUGCUACAGCCCUUUUACCUUGUUGUGUACUGCCCCUUGGACACCAAAAAACAAGUGUUUUGUGCAACACUUUUUUGUCGACCAAAAAAAUGGUAUCUCCUCACUUCCAUUGGCACCUCCUGUUCUUCCUGGGUUUAUUUUGCUGUGUUUUUGAAAUUGUAGCAUAUCGGUGGAUUUCAAGGAAACUUCCAUGUGAUGUCAAGGUAAACCAAAAUUCCAGUGACAUAAUUUUCGACUGCAGUGGCCGUCAGCUCAAGGACGUGCCUAUAGAUAUUCCUGGAAAUGCUACAAAACUGCUGCUUUCAGAAAACAGGAUACAUAAUAUUUCCUCUUGGUCUUUCAAGAAUCUCCUAAACCUCACAAUGCUAAACUUCAACUGGAAUCGGGACGAAGGUGAAGUACAAAUCACUAAAGGAACAUUCUCUAAUUUAUCAAAACUGCAGGAGCUGUUUUUAGAUGGCAACUCUCUCUAUAGGAUUCCAGAGGAGCUUCCAUCUGGACUGCAAAUUCUUAGUCUGAAAGUCAAUAGCAUCAUCAAAAUCAGUAAAAAUAGUUUCUCUAAGGUGGAAAAUCUUACAGAAAUCUAUCUGGACAAAAACUGCUACUUCUGGAAUCGUUGCAAUAACAUUUUAGAUAUAGAUAAUGAAAGCUUUGCACAUCUUAAUAAAUUACAAAUUUUAUCAUUGUCUUUUAACAACUUAACUUAUGUUCCUCAACAGCUGCCAAGAUCUCUACAAAUGCUGAAUCUCAGUUCUAAUCGAAUUCAAUGUAUUCGUGAGCAUGACUUUAAAAACCUUACAGAACUGAAAGUCCUUGUCCUGUCUGGCAACUGCCCUAGAUGUCACAACGCCCCAUUUCCCUGUGAGCCCUGUAUUAAUGUUUCCAUUGAGAUUCAUUCUAAGGCUUUUGAAAAUCUUUGGAACCUUAAACAACUGCAUUUGUCUGGGAAUUGUCUCAAAAUCCUAAAAAGUUCUUGGUUUUCAAAUUUUCAUAACCUUAAAUCUCUCUAUCUGUCAUUUAAUUUUUUAUCAGGAGCAAUUGCUGGCGGCUCAUUUUUAAACUAUUUACCACUGCUGGAAAAGAUUGACUUGUCUUUCAACUAUGACUUGAAGGCCUAUCCUCAGACUCUUAGAAUUUCACCUAACUUUUCAAAGUUGAAAUCUCUUCAAACUUUACUCAUUGCAGGAUAUGUAUUCCGCGAAAUACACCACAAUGAUUUAAGUCCACUAUUUAAUCUAAAAAAUCUUUCUGUGAUAAAUCUGGGUACGAAUUUUAUUGUGCACACAAAUUUGUCAGUAUUUUUGAAAUUUUCUAACUUGAAACUGGUGUAUUUAUCAGAAAACAGACUUGCACCUGUGUCGCAGGACAAAUAUAUUUUCUCUGGCAUAAGAGAACAAAAUGAGCAAGUUUUCUACAAAUCUCCACUUGUGGGAAAUUACAUCUCUGGGGAUCAAGAGAUUGAUUAUGAAUUAUCUCAUCUACUUGUUAAACACGAAUGCUUUGUUUAUGGUGAAGUCUUAGAUCUUAGUUCAAAUAACAUCUUUUUCAUUUCCCCAGAGCAAUUUGAAGGCUUUGAGAAAAUCUCCUGUCUUAACCUCUCAAAAAAUGGUGUCGCGGCUGCUUUGAACGGCACUGAAUUCAUAAAGCUUCCAAAACUAAAGUACCUAGACCUGACCUAUAACAAGAUUGACUUAGCCUAUGAUUAUGCAUUUACAGAGUUAAAGGAGCUGGAAGUGUUGGAUCUCAGUUUCAAUCCUCACUAUUUUGCGGUAUCAGGGGUGACACACAAUUUAGCCUUCUUAAAACAUCUCCAGUUUCUGAAAGUGCUGAACCUGAGCUGGAAUGAAAUAUUUACGUUAACAACAAAAGAGAUGAUCAGUGAGUCCCUGGAAGAGCUUCAGUUCCAAGGCAACCGAUUGGAUAAGCUGUGGAAAAAGAAUGAUGGUUCCUAUAUUAGGCUUUUUGAAAAUCUUACUAAUUUGUCAUACCUUGACAUAUCUUAUAACAAGCUUAACAAGAUACCAUCUACUGUCUAUGCCAGCUUGCCACAAAAUAUAAGUAAACUUUGUUUAAGUCAUAAUGAACUUACUUGUUUUGAUUGGGAAGAGCUUAAACAUUUAAGGCAACUGAAAGUUUUGGAUCUACAGCAUAACAAGUUGACUAAAGUGUCAGCAGAUCUUACAAACUACACAAAAACACUUCAGAUUCUUAACUUGAGUUACAAUAGGAUUACUCAUCUCUUUGAUGGCUUUCUACGGGGUGCAAAGAGCCUUUUAAUCCUUGAUUUAAGUCACAAUAAACUAAGGCUUAUAAACCAGUCAACUUUCCUCUCUGGACCAGACAACUACUUGGAGGUACUGUCUCUAAAAGGUAACCCCUUCCAAUGUACCUGUGAAUUGUUAGAAUUCAUUUUGUGGAUUGAAACAAAUGAUGUUGAUAUACCAUUGCUGGCCACAGAUGUAAGCUGUGCAAUGCCAGCAAACAGAAAAGGAAUUGGAAUUAUAUAUUUUGACCUUAAAGAAUGUAUUGAUGACAGCAAAGCAGCAAAAUUUUCUUUUCUGUCUUCCUUUUUUAUUUUGUUUACUAUGACUGCUGCUCUUACUAUGCAUUUGUUUUACUGGGAUGCUUGGUAUAUUUGUCACUAUCUUAAAGCAAAAAUGAAGGGUUACCAUUACCUGAAAUCCACAGAGAGCAUCUAUGAUGCUUUCAUCACCUACGAUACUAAAGACCCAGUUGUUUCAGACUGGGUUCUGAAUCAUCUCCGAGUCCAGCUGGAGGAAAACGGAGAAAAACUAUUCCCAAUUUGUCUGGAGGAACGAGACUGGCACCCCGGCGCACCUGUCAUAGACAACCUGUCUCAGAGCAUCAAGCAGAGUCGAAAGACAGUGUUCGUGCUGACUGAAGGGUAUGUGAAGAGUGGGACCUUUAAAAUAGCCUUUUACCUCGCACACCAGCGGCUGCUGGAUGACAACACGGACGUUAUCGUGCUGGUUCUGUUAGAGCCAGUGCUGAAGCAUUCUCAGUUUUUCCGCUUAAGGAAAAGGUUGUGCAGGAAGACCAUCCUUGAGUGGCCCACAAAUCCUCAUGCGGAAAAAUGGUUCUGGCAUUGUCUGAGAAAUAUCAUAAGAGUGGAACACCAGGCUGUGUAUAAUAAGCUCUAUACAAGCUAUUUCACCUCCCGAUAAAGACUGGUUACUAGAGAUUAUGAAUGGUGAACAUAUCAGACUCACAGACAUUUAUGAUGGCUAACAAUACCUCUUGCAGAAGAAAUUCGCACUGUAUGCAGCUAGAGGCUUCAUGGUGUUUCCAAUUUAAAACACCAGUGUACGCUGUUUCAAGUAACUUAUUUGAGCUUAUUAGAUGACAAUGAUCUAAAAGCACUCUCUUCGGCAUCAUGUGGCCUAGUUAAGUUGUUUAAAGAAUUCAGCUUCAGAAUUGGCCGGAAGGUCUUUGCAGAUGACAAGAGAUAUUCUCUGGCUGUGUGACUACAUAUGGAUCCAAGAUGUUUAAGUACAUUUUGGGUCUGUCGUUGCAUUUUCAUCCAGUCUUCGGACCUUGGAAAGGUAAAGCUAAAUUUAAGCCCCAUUUGCAUUUGCCAAAGGUGCCACAUUGGCAGCGUACAGCAGCUGUAAAGAUUCGGGAAUAAGUUAUUAUAACCUGUUGAUGAUAGACUGGCAAAGAAUAACUGGUAAAGUUGUUUAUAGUUGCACUGUCUCUUUUUUUCCAAAUAUUUUUUUUUUUCGUUUGAGUAUUCAAAGGCACAUAACACACUUCCAGUCAGCUCAAAAGUUUCACUGGGACCAUCUGAAGUGCCUAACAGAGCAAAGAAAGAUUAUGGAUACAGAAAUAUAAUAAAUAAUACAAAGCACAAAAUUAAUUAAUAAUAUCAUCCUCAAACACACUUCAAGAGCUGAACCAUACAGUAUGUCCCAUGAAGUGAUGUUUAUAAAAUGCAUGCUAUUUUUUUCUAUAAUUAACUAAUUCAUUAAUAAAAUUAAGAAUAAUAUCUUAAUGAGAAAGAUAGCAUGUUAACCUUUAUUAUGAUGAUUAUUUUGUAAUGCAAUAAAUAUAAUAUUGUCCAUAGAAAUUGCACUUUUGUCCUGUGAAGACAUAAUAAUGCAAUGCUUUAGCAAUCUAAUUUCUCUCUGUCUGAAUCAUUUGUACUGUUUUGUAGAUUUUAUGUGCAUCAAUUUCCAAUGACCAAUCUUGUCAUUUCUUAUGUUCUUUUGGUGGAUAAAAGAGUUAAAAUAA